CGGCUCUGUUGAAAGUCACCGUUCUCAUCCACCCACUACUUCCUAUGCGAUCGGCGACCAGAGAGCUCGAAAUCUUCUCCAAUGUUCGUCGCUGUCGAAGAGAUGGUGGAUUCAAAUCCGGCGAAGAGCGAGAAGCCCAGUUGGCGGCGGCGAGACUUGAUCGAUACGUGGUCGAUGGGAAGCGACGGCGGCUCCAGAUCUUUCCACUCUCCAUGGCGACGGACGGCGCCUUCCAAGUGGCGAUCAUCGCACUCACCGUCGCCGUUUUCGUCGCAAUCCAGAUCUUCUCCACUGUUCGUCAUUGUCGAAGAGAUGGUGGAUUCAAAUCCGUCGAAGAACGAGAAGCCCAGUUGGCGGCGGCGAGACUCGAUCAAUACGUGGCUGAUGGGAAGCGGCGGCGGCUCCAGAUCUUUCCACUCUCCAUGGCUAUUCCUAUCCAGGCAGCGAGCCAACAACAGUACCGCCCUCCAGUCCAAUCGACACUUCAUCCAAGGUUCCCAAUUCCUUGCCCGAGCAAGAUCCGCCGCCGCAAAGAACUCCUCCCAGUCCCAAUCCCUAGCCAAACAGCCACAGCCAUUGUUGCCUUCUCCUUCUCCUUCAACGUCAUCGAUUCGGAUUCAAGAACUCUCAACGAUGGUGAUAGAUUUCAGAUGGAGAGGGUUGAGGAAGCGAGGUCGUUGUAAGAGCACCUUGUCGUGGGGGAAGGCGGCGACGAGAUAUCGUUGCCAUAGAUGGUGAU